AUGGACCUAUCGGAUCCCCCGGACGACUUGUUCCAUGGCUUGGACUCGGAUGCGCGUCGAAGGGUGAAGUUCUGGAAAACGGAUGUGACAAGUGCGGAAGAUAUCCAAGCUGGUGUUGACGGGGCAGUGAGAUGGUGUGAGGAGACGGGCGCGCAUUUGGGUGGUGUCAUUUGUUCUGCCGGUGUCGGCGGUGCUGCGAAGAUAAUCGACUCGCAUGGCAACCCCCACUCCUUGGACUUAUGGAACUUCAUCCUGUCAAUCAACAUUACGGGAACCUUCAAUCUCAUUAGGCUCGCCCUGCCCCACAUGGUGAAGCUACCGCCUGAAGGCCCAGACGGCGAGAGAGGCGUCAUCAUCAUGGUCUCCAGUUCCGCUGCUUUCGAAGGCCAACCUGGUCAGACAGCAUACGCGGCAACGAAAGGCGCAAUCCGGUCCAUGACGCUCCCACUUGCGCGGGACCUUGGUCGCUACGGCAUCCGCGUAGUAUCCAUUGCGCCAGGAGCCUUCGAAUCGAGCAUGACCAAGAAUUUCCCGGAAAAGACGAGGAAGAGCCUAACGAGGGACCUACCAUUCCCAAGUAGAUUCGGGAAACCAGAGGAGUUCGCGCAAACCGUGCAGUGGAUCAUUGAGUGCCCAUAUGUCAACGGCGAGACAGUAAGGUUGAGUGCUGCUGGGAGGAUGCCUGGUAAGCUUUGA